CUCCUUCCUUCCUUCCUCCCAUCAGCUUGCCACCUCUCACUUUGCAGCCUCUUCUCCCUUGCUUUCCUUAACCCAGGACCCCCCCUCCCCCUUGUCCCCCCAAUUCUCACCCUCUAAAAAUUGGGGAAUAUAAUAUGCUCCCCCAUAUCCUAGCCUUUCCUGAUGAGUCAAGAACACCCUUUAUCUUAAAGAUCUAGGGAGGUUCGGUGCCAGAUAAUAGGGAGAAAAAAAAAAGAAAGAAAGACCCCUCUCUUCAUUUUCAACCACCCGAACUGACAUCCCCAACUCGGCUACAUUAUGACUCCUGGAUCCAUCUAAAGGGUGAUCGAUGCAUCUCUACUGGAUCUAGAGAGAGAAGACUCAAGAAGCCUCCUCCAGACAGGGAUCCACAAUUCCAGACUGUGUUGUGUUUUUUUUUUUUCUUUUUUCUUUUUUCCUUUUUUUUUCGGUUGGGGAAGAAAAAUCUAUAGCACAUAAAUCCGGAAAUUCAAAAAUAUAUCAGACGAGGGAAGGAUUUUUUUAUUUUUUGAAAUUUUUAUUAGAUUUUCCUUCUUUUUUUUUUUUAUUGAUCUUGGCACCAAAGAAGACGGGAUUCCUUUUAUCCUACAGAUAUUGCAACCUGCAAAAGGACAGCCGGGGGUGCUCUGGGUGUAGCCAUUGAUCAUGCACUCGCUGGACGAGCCCCUGGACCUGAAGCUCAGUAUCUCCAAGCUGCGGGCAGCACGAGAGAAGAGAGAUCGGAAUGGAGGGGGCACUAAGAAGAUUUCAGUCCACCACGAGCUGAUGAUACGGGAUGAUGGAACCACUGUCAUCACCCCGAUUUGCCCUUCACCCCCUCCAGGGUUCCUGCCUCGAUUUCGGGAGGGGGACAGUCCCCCGUUCUCUACUCCACCAAUUGUGGACCUCAGCCUCUCCCCCUCUUCUGGUAUGGACUCUCCCAGCCGGGCAUCUUUGUCCCCCGAGAGGUUGACUGUUGGGGACACUCUAUUGGAUGUUGCAUCACUGCGCUGCAGGGGCGAUUCAGCUCCCAGUCCGUUCCAGUUCUUCCUGCCUCUUGGCUCUGGUCUACAGCUGCCCCCAUCCAUGUUCCUGACUCCACCCAAGGAGAAGCGUCUGUCCCUGGAGUACACAGAACAGAAACAGCUGGUGUGUCAGUGGGCAAAGUGCAACCGCCUAUUCGAGUUAUUGCAAGAGUUGGUGGAUCACGUUAAUGAUUUCCAUGUGAAGCCAGAAAAAGAUGCCGGAUACUGCUGCCACUGGGAGGGAUGCGCCCGCCGGGGAAGAGGAUUUAAUGCCAGGUAUAAGAUGCUGAUUCACAUUCGCACCCAUACUAACGAGAGGCCGCAUUGCUGCCCGACUUGUCACAAGAGUUUCUCACGGCUGGAAAACCUGAAGAUUCACAACCGGUCACACACAGGUGAAAAACCCUACAUGUGUCCCUACGAGGGCUGCAACAAACGUUACUCCAACUCAAGCGACCGCUUCAAGCAUACGCGCACCCACUACGUGGACAAGCCCUACUACUGCAAGAUGCCUGGGUGUCAGAAACGCUACACAGACCCCAGCUCCCUGCGCAAGCACAUCAAGGCACAUGGCCACUUCAUCUCCCAUCAGCAACGCCAGUUACUGAAGAUCCACCAGCCACCCAAAUUACCAGCAGCGGGGGACAGCAGCUAUGCAAGCGGUGCACAACUCAUUAUUCCCAACCCAGCAGCCAUCUUUGGCAGUCAGAGCCUACCAAUCCCACUGGCACCAGGACCUUUAGACCUCAGCUCGUUGGCUUGCAGCGGUGUAGCCUCUGCCUUGGCUGGGUUACCAAAUCCCAUGUUGACACUUGCAGGUUCCCCGCUCAACUUGGCCAAGGGCUCCCUGUUGUCCCAAGCUUACUCUGCAGCAGGUCUCGGCUUGCCUUUAGUCUCUCUGAUUUCAGCAGGAAAAUCCGAAAAUGACAGGCGACCUAAAGGUCAAAGGUCGGAGAGCGAUGAGAGGACUGAAGGGUCAAAACUGAGGCCCAGUUCAGCAGACGCACUGUCUCUGCUCCCAGGCGGGAUCUUAGAUCUUUCCCCUGGCAUGGGCUCAGAUUCUCUUCUGCCAGGAUGGGUGGUCAUCCCUCCAGGGUCGGUGUUACUAAAACCAGCAGCGGUCAACUGAGAAGGCCGUGCCCCUGUAAGAUUUCCACCUGCGCCCACUACGCACCACAGGGGCUCCUCCUCUGCAGAAGUGACAUUCCUGGCCCCUGUGAUCCCUGUGGACCUCUUGCACAAGCAUCUCUGUCUAAAGGGGCGACCGGAUAGAUAUCAUUUUGCAUUGCCGCCUGCAGAUUUGCUUCCCCCCCCCCCCCCCCCCCCCCCCUUCCCCUUUUUGUACGUGGGACCAAACCGGGCAGGCCGAAUGCCAAAAACACCCACGCGAUUGAACAGUACAGAAACUGUCCAAGGACUAGAGAGGUGUUGCAGACUGAGUAGAAUCGAAGCACUUUGUGGUAUUCGGAGGCCAGGUGAAGUUACAUUGUGGUCUGCAGGUUUUUUUUUUUUUUCAGAAUUCACGAAAGAAGGUUCUUCGCCUUCUGAGAAAAGCAAUAAUAACGGAGAUGCUCAGACCCGAGCUGACUCUGCAAUGACAAGAGGGAGAGGAGCGUGGACAGCCAGGGAGGCCUAGCAUCUCCUGCCCACGCUCCAGUUCUCUGCGUACUCAUCAUCUCUCCUGUAGAUCGGCUCUAUGAUGAUGGCCUCAAUCUUCUGCACCAUCCUCACCCCAGAACGGCUCCCCUCCAGGACUUGUAUCGUCCCAUCCUCUCCUUCUCUUAUAUCACAUUCCGCUAGUCGUUAACCUUUCUUUCUUUUCUUGACACAUACCUAUGCACUAACCUGCUCUCUGCACUUUCCCAUAAUCCUGACGACCUCCCCUUACUCCACGCCGCACCAUUUCUUUAUCACAAUGCCCCCCCCCCCCCCGCCCCAAUUCUAUAGAUAUCCCGUGACAAUGCAUUCAGGCACCGUGAAUGCUGCUUCUCUAUUGCUUCUCCUCAGAGCGUGCAGAAAAAUUGCGAAUCCGUAUAUAUAUAUAUAUAUAUAUAUCCCUCAUGUGUGAGGAGGAGGAGGAGGGUGAUCUCCGCAGGCUCCCACAUUGAGGGAGCAAACUAAGCUACGUUACAGACUGUGAGUGGUGUGUGAGUUCGAUGCUCUGCUGGUAAUAUUUAGAGGUCCCCCCUAGUUCAUGAAUUGGGGGUACAGGCGCAAGUCUGGAGUUAAAGGGGCUUGUCUGAUUUACCAAAAGUAUUUUCAUAUACCCUAUUAGGAAAAUCUUGGGGGGAAAGGAAGAGUUCGGGUGGGGGGGGGGGGGGGGCAUUUGUUCAGGAUGUGUGUCUCCAUCUUUGGAGAGCCUGACAUUUCCAUGGGCAGCAUGUAAUACUUAAUUUCCCCUAUGGUGGUGAACAGUCCCCCCCCACGGAUUAUAACUGGGGGGGUCUCAGCCCACAGGACACCCUGUGAUCAGCUUAUUAAAGGUGCUGUCCUAACAAAAGGGAUCGUCCAAAGGGUCUUUAAAGGAACGAAUAAAAGACAGGAAUGGUUUUGGUUUGAUAUCAUAUGUAAUACAACUGCAGUGAGACAGAGAGAGGAGAAAACCUACUGGGCGCAAAAAUGUAUUAAUUUAGGGGCAAAAACAUUGUGGUGUUCAUUACAAAACUAGUGAAUAUUUAAAGGGACUGUCCAGUCAUGAGCGUUAAAAUGAUUCACUAAUUCAGUACCUACAGGGGGUGGUUUUCUGAUGUGUAUUUGCCUCGGUUCCUGCUCCUCAGCUGCUUUUUACAUCAGCUUUAUUAGAGCAAAGCUGCGAUCUGUGAUUACACUUCAGCUACAGUGUCUACAGCGAGACUGAGGUAGUCUGAGACACGCCCCAUUUCAUCAUUGGUUCAGGCUGCUGCUUGUCCCUCCUCCCUGCAGAGCUGAUUGGCUGCUGGGACUUCAGCACAUGGAGAGAGGAUUUUUAUUAUAGCACAGGGCACAAUGAUUUAUAAAGUACAGAUCGCUAAGAAUAAAAGGGGUUGUCCACUUUCUGCUUGAUUGGUCACGAACUUCUCCAAAAAGUUUAGAUUGGUGGGGGGUGAUCAGACCCCCACUGAGCAAAACUUUUUAUAUGUCACUUUGUACCACUUUGCAGGGAAGCUUUGAAUUUCCUCAUAUGUGAGCGGCUCUGCUGCACCCUGCCAUGUGGGUGAAUCACGUGACCGACGCGUUCAUCGCUUCCAAGAUGGCGGUGGUCAUGUGAUUCACCCUUUGCGUGCUGCAGUAUGCAAUGACCCGGUUAAGCGUUUCAUGCUUUAUUACAGAAAUGUAAGCGGGAAGCAGACAACCCCUAUAUUACUGGGUUGUAAAAGAUUAGAAAAAUAUAUCUGCUUUCUACCAGAAACAGCGCCCCUGUGUCCACAGGUGGUGUGUGGUAUUGCAACUCAUCUCCAUUAAAGUGGAUCCUGCAGUACCAGACACAGCACACAGACAGGAGACUAACGGGGGGAAUAACAGUGGGCUAUUUUUUAUGCUCUGCGUGACCCCAGAACAUUCCUGAUAAGCGGCAUUUUUCCUGAACACUUAUGUAAGCUUUGAUGCCCGAAAUCCAAUCGGUCACAGCGGGGAAUAAACCGUCCUGGCUCUAAAAGCAGCGAUCAGCCUGACGUGUGGGUCAGCAGCAGCACCACCAUAUGCCUUCAUAUACACAUCUGAAGGGUUUGUACGCUCCGUGGUAUGAGCCAGCGCAAGCGCAUCCACAGCACACUCAGGGUCCAUGGAUCCCGUCUUCCUUAGAAUGGGAAGGAUGACCCUGGCUCGUCUGUGAUGCACGUGGCUCGUAGCACUGGAGUUUAGCCGGUAUUCCCAGUAUAGACUGAGACAGAAGUGAGGAAAUAACUCUAUAUUAUUUUUUUUGUAUAUUCAGAGUCCCCUUCCCCUCAAAGGUCAUUUUAAUUAUAUAAGGUUUUCCAUUAAGGUCUUUUAAAGGCUAAUAAAAGAUUAUAAAAAGGGUCUAUUUUUAUGGAAACAGCGCCACCACUUUUUUGAUAGGCUGCUUACAGUAUUGCAGCUCAGCCCUAUUCAAGCGAAUACUGCAAUACCAGACAUAGCCUAUGGGAAAAAGUGGCGCUGUUUCUGGAGAAAUGGAGACCUAAAAGGCCCUUUUCAUAAUCUCAGCCCUGUUUUGCAGCGUGGUCUUGUUUAAAGAGGUCCUCUGCCUGGCAGAAAGGCCACUGCCGGCUGUUUUGUGUCCAGAUGGGUUUUUGCCGUUUGACAGCUCUUGAUGCAACCAGCUUUAUUAACAUCUUAUAUGUCAACGUUGUACAUAUCGAUUCUGAACCUUGCACCUAUGAUGCGCUUGUUACCAUGUCCACCUCCAGGCAGAUCGGCAGUGGUCUUACAUUCAUGUGUACAUCUGGUUUGGUUGUGAUAACGUCCAUGCGAAGGCCUACACAACCUGCGCCAGCAAAGGAGGCAGCCAUUUUGUGGCCUAACAAGCCAGUGAAGAUUUGGCUACAUUCCAUCACAGCCAUCUACAAAAUGGUCGCUCCUGCUGUCAGGUGAUGGCGUCUAUUGCCCACAUAUCGCUUUGAAAGUAAGAGCCGGCAUUUUGUGGUUCUGGGUCAGGCAUGGCCAACGUGCGGCCCUCCAGCUGUUUUAAAACUACAACUCUCACCAUGCCCUGCUGUAGGCUGAUAGCUUUAGGCCAGGGAUGCCCAACCUGCGGCCCUCCAGCUGUUGCAAAACUACCCAGCUUGCUUGGACAGCCUACAGCUAUUGGAGCAUGCUGGGAGUUGUAGUUUUGCAACAGCUGGAGAGCCUCAGGUUGGCCAUCCCUGUUCUGGGUAACAGGACAGGUAAACCAUCGCAAGGCGACGCAUUUCAGAAAAUGUCAUUGACUAAAAUGUAUUUUUUUUAUUUUGUCCUCCUAAAAUGAAUCUCCACCUUUUUCACAUUGUGUUAUAAUGUGCAUUCAUCGUACAAUAGAUGUUCAUGGUGGUCACGGCACGAGACAUAAAAAAUUAAAUGCUAAAUUUCUGCAGCCACCACUAGGGGGAGCUUAUUGUAUGCGGUUUUAUUGUUGAGUUCAGUGUAUGCAGUGAGCUCCCCCUAGUGGUGGCUCCGGUCAGACUGAAUUUUAUCAUUUAUUAGCUGUAUGCAGCUAAUAUGGAACUGUGUCUAAGAAAAAAAAAAAAAGGACCGCACGUACAGUCACUUUAGGCCUCAUGCACACGACCGUGUCCAUAAUUUCAGUCCGCUAUUUACAGGUUGGCAAAAUAUGGAUACCGUCAGCGUGCAUUGCACAUUUUUUUUCACUCCCAUCAAUAGAAAAGAUUAUUCUUGUCCGCAAUGCUGACCAGAAUAGGACACACUGCGUAAUUUGU